CUCAGCUUCCAACUCCCUCCCCAGACUCUUCCACUACCCUCUUCCAAUUUCACAUAUAAAUUCCGAAAAUUUGAACAAUUUAUUUUUAUUUUCGCAAUUGUUUUGCAAGAGGAACAAAAAUGCCUGAAGAUUUAUGCGCUGAACGCCCUCUCUUCGGCGGCGCUAUCGUCUCCACCUUUCCCCUGCGCUUCGUGGAUGUAAGUUACAUACGCCAAGUUCCUGAUCAUCAGGAGGUGUUUGUGGAUCCAGCUCGAGAUGAGAGUUUGAUAUUCGAGCUGCUGGACUUGAAGACUGACGUAGCGGAUCAAGGAAGUGCCACGUGGUUUCUUCAAGACCUCGCCAGUGAGCAGGAUGCUGAGGGAACUAUGGUGCUUGAACAGUCCGGGGUGUUUGAGGCUGAUGGACUUCGAUGUAGAAGCAGUCCUGCUAUCAUAACAACUGCAGUUGGACAAAUGGCUAUAUCUAAGGGGAGACAGGGAAGAGAAGCACAGAACAUAGUCAAGGUUUAUUUAGCUAAUUUGCGCCUCAAGGAUGUCGCUACAGAUGUUCUGAUAACUGCUUAUGAGCCUAUGUUGAUAAACCCUUUGAGUGAAACUGCUGCCACAGUUGGGGCUGGUUUACCAGUACCUGCUGCACAGUCGGGAUGUUUGCCAAUGGCGGACGUUUUCAAAAGUGCUGUCACUACCUUCAAGGUGAAUGACUGGAGCCUUUUUGGUGCUGUAGCUUGAGUCUGGAGGACUCCAUACCAGAGAUAUCCUACCAUAGCGUCUUCAUCCCGGUUUGAUUUCUUGUUUUAGACAAUUUUAUUCUCCGUAAGAUUUGCACUGUUAACUGUGUACUUUGUGAGGAGGCGGAAAGCUCUUUCAUCGGCCCAUAACCUCCGUUUAUGGGGGCGUAAGUGCUAAUAGGCAGAAGUGGACUUUUGUUGUGGGAUGUAAAUUGUUCCGAGUUCUGCUCCUUGUAUCUUUAAUCUAUAAUCAUUUGGAGAAUGUUAGUAUAUUGUACUAUGGUUCCUGAAAAUUUCAUAAUAUCAUUGUUGUAUCAGAUUAAUUUCAACUGAUUUCUUGAUAAUUAUUUA